UUGUAUUGAAACUGUUGCAUAUAUAUUGAAACGAACGCACACAGUAUGCGCAUAGUGCAUAUACACGGCUGUAUAGCAGAGCAGUAUUGUACCGAGUGUACGGCGGCGCAUACUGUACAGAUGAGCGGCAUGUGACGUCACGCAUCACCGCCCCGCGAUGCCUUUCGGGACAUAGCGCCGCCAUCUUGAGUGGCAUGGCCCAGCUAGACAGUGCGCCCUGAGCGGAGACAUGCGAUUUAUCGCGAAAACAUUAAACAUCUCGAGAAUCACGGAUUGCUGUGAAACAUAGCAGAUCUUUGGUGCCACGCACCUUCGUUGGAAUGGAGGCGGUUAAGGCGUUUAAUGCGGAGCUUUCAGCUCUGUACGAUGUCAAGCCGCCCAUUUCCAAAGCGAAAAUGAAUUCUCUAACCAGAGGUGCAAUCAAGGCCAUCAAAUUCUAUAAGCAUGUCGUGCAAAGCGUUGAAAAGUUCAUUCAGAAAUGUAAACCAGAGUACAAAGUGCCUGGAUUGUACGUUAUAGACUCGAUCGUGCGCCAGUCCAGACAUCAGUUUGGCGUAGAGAAAGAUGUCUUUGCUCCGCGCUUUGCCAAGAACAUGCAAACCACUUUCUUGAACCUUUUAAAAUGUCCGCAAGAAGAUAAGAGCAAAGUAAUAAGAGUUUUAAACCUGUGGCAAAAAAAUGCAGUCUUUCCCUCGGAGGUUAUACAACCUUUGUUCGAUCUUGCCGAUCCAAAUCAUCCGAUACACAAGGAACAAGCCACGGUCAAUACCAAUGGUACACUUUUGGUUUCUGCAACGAAUAAUACGGCGUCGGCAGCGGCCAAUACGGCUGUAAAAACUCCCCCAUUGACCGGAAAGAAUGCAGUGAAAGAUCAAAAAUUGUUUUCUUCCGCAAAGCCGAUCGACCCUGCUUGGCUCGCACAGACGAAAAUGGAGACGGCAAACAUAGUGAAUGCUAAUAAACUCUUAGGGCAAUCGAAUUCGAGCCAGAUGGAUGCCUCUUUCCUCGAUCAGUUACAACACUUACAACAGUUAUUGUUAAAGAAACAAGAGUCUACGAAUGAACAGAAGAGUUGUGUAAAGUUUGAUAAGAAGCUGUUAGAUUUCGAUUACGGCGAAGAAGAGGAUGACGAUGUUGUCGUCGCCAGUUCACCAGCAGUGACCGGAACGUCCGGGAUCGGCCAACAUAACGCAGCUAGUUCCGCGGGAAACAGUUUGGAGAGCCUUGGACUUUUAUUAACAAACCCAGAGGUAUUGAGGCAGCUUCAAACGUUGCAACAAACGAUGCAAGGAAGUUCGUCGCAACACGAAACAGAAGAAAAGAUGCGUAAACUUCAACAAAUGAAACAACAGGAAGAAGAAUUCGAUAAGCACCUAGCUCAAACUGUUCCUAAUCUACCGUUUGCAUCUGAAUGCGAAUUGAAGCCUUCGGACAUUUUAAAACCGAAUCAGCAAACCGCAUACGCGACAAGUGUCGGUAGUGGCGGAGUUAUGCAAGACAUGAGUCAGCCGCCUCCUGGGUAUCCACCGGCUCUACCGUACGUCUCUCAACCUUUAUCGAACUUGAGACAGAUCAAUCAGCAGCAACAGCAGCAGCAACAACAGGUGCAUCAAAAUCAGAAGAGUCCGCCGCUCCACGACGAACGCCAAGACGCGCAAGAUUAUUCCGGGAAUGGUGCGAGACGAGAUAGCAGCAGCGUAGAAAUUGUAAAUUGUGAAAACACAAGGUCGCAGAGUAGAUCGCCCGACCGAUACGGUAGACAUCACAGUCGGUCUAGAUCGCCGCGACACAGGGACAGGGACAGAGACAGGGAGAGGGAUCGAGAUCGGGACAGGGACAAGCGUUCUCGAUCGAGAAGCAGAUCCAGGAGAAGAAGGUCUCGCUCGAGGGACACGAGGGGUCGUGAUAGAAAACGCGACGACAGUCGAGAGAAAAUGACUGAGGAAGAGCGAGAAAAAGAAAGGGAAAGACGUAAACGAGGACUACCACCGAUCGUCAGGGACAAAUUGAGCGUUUGCAGUACUACUCUUUGGGUAGGACAUCUAUCGAAAUUAGUACAUCAAGAAGAAUUGUCGGACACUUUUGGAGAAUUUGGUGACAUUGUCAGUAUAGAUUUAAUUUCACCUAGGGGCUGCGCCUUUAUAUGCAUGAACAGACGGCAAGACGCGUACAGAGCUCUCACUAAGCUGAAGAAUCAUAAAAUGCAAGGAAAAGCUAUCACGUUAGCUUGGGCACCAGGAAGAGGAGUAAAAGGGAAAGAAUGGAAAGAUUAUUGGGAAGUCGAAUUGGGUGUUAGUUAUAUUCCAUGGAAUAAAUUAAUUAACGUUACCGAUCAAGACUUGGAAUUAUUGGAGGAAGGGGGCAUGAUCGACGAGGACACUUUGCCACCGAACUUGAAAGGUAAAUUAAAGCAUUCCGGAACGAACGCAGACAUGCUUCAGCAACAGUUGCAGUUACAACAGCAAGCCUUAGCCGCGGCGGCUGCUGCUGCUGCUGCUGCUGCUGCUGGUAUUCCCAGCUUGGCGGAUGGUAUAGUGAACGUGAUGCAAUCGUCGACCAGCAGUCAGCAGCAGCAGCAACAGUCUCAACAACAGCAGCAGCAGCAGCAGCAGUCUCAGCAACAAGGCCAACAACAACAACAAGUAAUCGAUACGAGUCAACCACCACCAAUCAGACCUCCCACGUCAGCUGCCCUCUUACCACCACCAAAUGCACAGUUACAGAUGAUGCCGUCUGCCUUCACGAUGCCAGGAGUGCCUCGUAUGAUCGGACCAAUGGGACUGCCGAUGGCGCACAGUUUGAUGCCGAACGUCCCGAUAGGCGUACCACCUCCCAAUAUGCAAAGCUUGUUAGGACCACCGGGAAUGAUGCAAACGAUGCUAACGCCUUCGGUGAAUUCUCCGUUUGGCGCGGGUGUCGGCGUUGGUUUGUUAACACAGAUUCCUCUGCCAGCUCCCGCUGCACCUUCCGAUAAACCCAAUUCUACCGGUAUGCCACACAACGUACCGCCGAUAGGCGUUCCACCGCCAACGACGGAAACGGGAAUGCCGAAUUUGCCAAUGUUACGUCAACCGUAUGGCGUGGGACCUUCAGCGCCUCUUCAAAUGCAACUACCUCACCAGCAACAUUCUGCCGCCGACGAUAUGGACGUGGAAAUGGAGGACGCGAUGCCGCAAAGUUCGAACGGAGCUAAGAAUAAAAAUAAUUUGACCGACCACCAAGCGAUUUCUCAACAACAAAACGAAGAGCGAACGGACUCCGAUCAGCAGGAGCAGCAUCGGGAUUACAAGGAAAGAGACAGCAGAGAUCAUCGUGGUGAUAACAGAGAAAGAAGAGACAGAGAGACACAUUUACAGCAGCAGCAGCAGCAGCAGCAGCACAGAGACAGGGAAGCGGUGGGUAACGAUUCGAAAAUGGAUCGUGGACGGGACAGAGGUAGAGGCAGGGAUCGCGGACGCGAUCGUAGAAGGGAUCUCAGAGACAGGGAUAGGGACGAUAGGGGAAGGGAACGGGAGAACAGAGAGAAUCGAGAAGGAAAUCCACAAACUCAAAACUCAAUUCAGGAAAGUGAAGCGACAACCCCAAAAAAGGAUUGUAAACCGAGUCUAGCUGAUCGCCUACGUCAAUUGGCCGACGGCACACUGCCUCUCGAAGAUCGCGUCGAUAGAAUAAUCGCCACUCGUAAUCGGCAGGAACGCGACAGACCCGACAGAACUUUCCCGCAAGAAGAUGGCCGAGCGACUCGAGCGGAACCUCUUUCUUCUUUGAUAGAUCUACCGAAGUUCGGCUUGCCUCAGGAGAGAGGCGGCGGUGGCGGCGGCGGCGGCGACUUUUCUGCUCGGCCUCCAGAUUUCCGUAAUCAACAAGAUCCAAGAGAUUUCCAGCAGCAGCAGCAACAGCAACAGCAGCAGCAACAGCAGCAGCAGAGAGAUGGCAGACAGACUUUCGGAAGAGGUCAUAGAGGAUCGCAAAUACACGAAGAAUUUAUGGAUGCUCCGAGAUUGCAAGGAGGGAUGUAUCAAGAUGACUUAUUCGACAGCAGGAUACAUAGCGGACAGCAAAGAGUAGUGGAAGAUUUCGGUAGGCUCGGGCCGCUCAGAGAACAAAGGGAGGAAUUCGAUAGAUCCGAAGGGCGAGGGAGAAGGCAGCUCGUCGACGAUCGGGACCGUUUCGAUUACGAGAUUAGGGGACGGGAUGGUUUCGAUCCACGAGUAGUGGUUCAAGACGGUUUCGAUCCUAGGGGACAUCUCGACCGAAGCGACUUCGAGCCUAGGAGACGCGAAUUCUUUGGGAUCGAUCCCAUUUUUGGGAUACCGCCGCCGAUAAUGGGACCCAGGGGACCCAGACCUGGACAUCCCGACGGAUUUGGAUCGCGACCAACGCCCUUAGGAGCUCGUGGACCGGGUCCGUUAAUGUUCCAUCCUCGAGGUUUGGGACCUCGUCCUCUUCGUCCCGGAAUGAGGCCUUUCGGUCCUCGCGGCGGCGGCGGCGGCGGUGGCGGCGGUCCACCUUUCGAUCCUCGAGACCCGGCGGACGCCUUUUUCAGACCUCCCUUCGACGAUAUUCGCCCUCACGCGAGAGCACCUUUCGGACCUAUGGGCCCACCACCGCCGCCAUCCAUUAUUCCUCCCGAGUCUGCCGUACCCUGGAGAAAUCAAGAACUUCCGCCUGGUUCGUGGUCUUCGGAUUCUGCGGAGAAUCAUCCGCAAAGAGAUAAGAAAGGUGGCGGCGGCGGCGGCGGCGGCGGUGGUGUUGUUGUUGGUGGUGGUGGUGUUGUUGUUGUUGUUGGUGGUUCAAACAAGCAUCCGAAUAACAACCAGCAGCAGAAUAUGGAUAGAGAGAAUCGAAACAGGGGACGAAAAUCUAGAUGGGCCAACGUGAGCCCAUCCGGGGAAGAAUCGAUCGGGGGGGAUGAAUCUAGAGAACAAGAACCAUGUUUGAGUGUGAACGUCGAGGAGAACAAGGAAGCUGUAAUGGAAGCAGCAGUAGCAGCAGCAGCAGCAGCAGCAGCCGCAGAAGAAGAAGAAGGAGAAGAGGAAGAAGAAGGAUGCAUGGACGUGAUGGUGAGACCGAAGGAAGAGGAAGUGAAAGAUGCGAUCGAAACGAAGGAAAUGAUUCGUGACGAACGACAGGAGGAGGAGCAGGAGGAGGAGGAGGAAUUGGUGGUGGUGGUGGGAAAGACGGAGACGAAACAAGACGAAGGCAUCGAAAUGAAGAAGGAGGAAGAGGAGGAGGGAGAAGAGGAUCGCAGCAGGGAUUCUUAGACCAAAGUAAAGAGCGAUUUUUCUCUUUAAACUGAUUUUUUCUUACUCCGUGGAGUGGUGUGUGAGGAGGGAGAAUUUCGUUGCUUCGAGAGACAGAAUUGGGUCGCGCGCGCGAAUCACGUUGAACGAAAUGAUACGCUGAACGUUAGAACGUUAGUUAUUGUUGUAUUCAGUCGAUGAUACUUAAGUACCGUUAGAUCACGUAAUGGUGUUAAAAAACUGUUUUAAGAUAUUAUUCUUUGUUGUAAAAUCGAAUUAGUAUCUCGUGUGAUCGUACAGAUGUCGGAUGAUUGAUCAAGAGAUACACGAAAGACCAUAAUAAAUAAUAUUCGAAGAAAUACAAGAUUUUAAUUUAAUUUACUUUAAUCAACACAUAUUCGAUUUGCGAGUUGGUAGUCAUUUUAAAGAAAGACGUUCUUGCCGAACAUAAUAAACGCUCGCUCGUGUCGAUUCAAAAACGUUAUUGAGCCAGAUAUAGACGACAGACAGACAGGCAGGCAGACAGAGAGCCAGCGUAAAAUUUAUGGGUAUCAUCGAUUGAAUGGAACGAGAUGUUUUUUUAUUCAGGGUUUGAGAUUUCGUACCGUACCGAACCGAACAAAAUCGAGAAAAGAAACGAAAACAAUUAGCGUUCCGCGAGACUGUGCGACCCGCAAUAACGCGACCGGUGUGUGUGUGUGUGUGCGCGCGCGCGCGUGCGUGCGUGCGUGCGUACAUGUGUGACCCAAACUCCGAGCGGCGACUUAUUUAUUCAUGAAUUGUACAUACUUUUGUAUUUUCGUAGUACACAAACGUACAAUAUAUUCGAUUUAAAUAUAUAUACUUAAUUACUUCGAGAGAUGUUUAGUAGACACAGUGGCGGUAAGGGAAAAUUGUUUGGUCGAAGAGCGUGGAAUCGAGUACACGGCAGUAGCAUUAUGAAUUGAAAACGUGAAUAAGAUCGAUUCGAACGACGAUUUUAAAGAAAGACUUGUUAAUUGUAAUUAAGCAUUUUUAUUACCGUUAGUACGUAUACGUAGUUAGUGUUUUUGUCUAUAAAAAUGAAUCGCGUAAGCUUCCGUAACAGUCGCGAACGAACAGUACUGUUUUAACGUGUAAAUAGAGCGACUAACGCGUAACAUUUCGCGCUCACACACACACACAGACACACACACACACACACACAGAGUGUAGAUAGCAUGUAACGAUCGUGUAAGUAUAAUAAUUUUUCAACCAAACAAUUUUCAUAAAUCCCUGUACAAUUCGUCGUCGUCGUCGUCGUCAUCGUCGUCGUCGUCGUCGAUGAUCAAUGAUCGAAGAUCGAUAGUUAAAUAUAUACAUUUAAAUCGAUCAUACUGUAGAUAGAUGGAAUCUUACGAAUACGUAGUAGGAUCUUGAUUACCCGCCGCGAUCUUACAAAUUUCCGACUAUUUUCCUAUAGCCAUUUAUUGUUGAUCGAACCUGUGGUUUAUGCAUGUAUCAGUUAACAAUAGCAGUCACACGAUACACGAUAGGACCGGAAACGACGAAAAAUCAUGUGUACCACCGCACUUCCAAUAGCACCCCAGUAUAAAUCGUUUCAAUCUAUGAGCUCGAAUCUCGGAUUAGAAAAUCAGGAGUAUUCACACACAGUGCCGUCUUUAUUAGUACGUUUUUAUUCAAUGGGAACAAGUGACAUAAUUAUCUUAAUUUCAAUUCGAUUUGAGAACGCUGCUCGAUCAACAGAAAGUGAACAAUCCAGAUACACCGUGCCGUUGAUGCGGAUAAACAAGAUUCUACCCAACGUACACAGGGUCAUGAAUACGAUAGACUACUGUGGGCAGGUCUCGCAUGCAAUUCGUACACGUGUCGCGCGAGACUCGUAGUCUAUACGACCGUGUGAUCGUACAUAUAUUUAAAUAGAUAGAGAGAGAGAUUAUAUAUAAAUGAGUGUGUGUGUGUGUGAAGGGGGGGGGGGCGCGUGUACGCGCGCGCAGGGAUGAGAGGGAGGGAACGUGUACAAAAAUCGACGGAAGAUGCGUGUCGACUGCAUGCUCGGUUUACUACGAAUCAAGCACGAUGGAGUAGCGAAGCGAGGAAUAAAGAAGAGGAGGAGGAGGAAGAAGAAGAAGAAAAAGAAGAGAAGCAAGAGGAAGAAAAGCGAAAAAUCUAUACAUAUUGGCGCUGAUGUCGGCGUGGCUCAAUCAAACGAACGAAAAAUAAAUAUUUUCUAUAUAGCAUAA